CUCAUCCCUCCAGCUGCGGCUCGGUGCCGGUGAGGAAUAAUCCCGACAAGGCCGGCAACGGUCUGGCAUCCCGGAGGCUGCCAUAUUGUACGGAACGACGGGGGCUGCCAUGUUGUACGGAGCGCUAGGGGGGCGCCAUGUUGUACGUCCUGCCGUCGGGCGGGCGGUUUGGCGCGCGGCGGUUGGGUUUGAACGGCGAGGCGGCAGCAGCGGCGCCGUGAGGGAAGUCCAUGGGAGUGAGGUUAUGAGGAAUAUUAAACUGGUAUUCAAAGCCUUGCAUUUUGUUGUGCUCUACAGGAAACCUUAGUUCUGCAUUUUAGAUGAAAAGUACUUCCCACAGAAAUGGACAAGAUUUAUGCAGACCCUAACACGGAAAAUGAUAAUACAGAGCACAUGAGAGGAAAGCGACUGUCCUCUAUUUUAAAGGCUCCACGAAAUCCUCUUGAUGAUUUGGGAAAUGGGAAUGAACUCACUCAGGAUAUCAACAUAGAAAAACGUAGGAAAAACUCUCGACGUGUCAGCUUUGCGAACACCAUAAACUGCAGAGUCUUCCAGCGAGAUCUUAAGAAUAAUGCAGCAGAGAGAGAAAAUGAAGAAUGUGAAGCAGAUACAGGGAAUCAUGUCCUGCUUAACCAAAAUGAAGAACCUGACUCUGUUCCAUGUGAGAUCACUGGGAUGAACACUUUGCUUCAUGCCCCCAUCCAGGCGUUGGUGCAGCAGACUGAGUGCCAUGAUGUGGACAACGCCAUUCAAAGAACAAAUAGGCAUGACACAACACUCACCUUUUCAGAUGAAAAUGAAAUGGAAAUGACAGCUAGUCACACUGCAGUGAUUACACGUAACCUGAAAAACAAUGAAACUGACAAAACUGAGAAAAUAGAUAUCACAUCAUUUCUGGCUGGGUUAAACUCUAACAGUGGAAAGGCAGAAAUGAGUAAAGAAUUUCAUUUCUCCUUUGAUCCUACAAACUCUCUAUGCCCAUCUUUUGAACAGAAGGAAGAUGCUACUACAGUAAAAAAAAUUAAUUUCAAUGAAUUUUUGAUGCGCUUAAAGUCGAAUGAAAAAGCACUCAAUCCUCUUGAAGGACCUGAAAAAGAAAACCUUUUUUUUAUCCCUUCACAAGUCUCAGAAGACAUGGCGCGAUCAUCAGUGGAAUCUGCUUAUUCUCAUGAACCACCGGCCACCUUCAAUGUAACAAAAAUCUUUAGAGAGCAAGAUGAUGGAAUGGAAAUGACAAAAUGCCAAGCAUCUGAUGUUAAAAAUAUGCGUUCUGGUAUUUGUGAGUCUCCACCAGAGCAAUUACUGUGUGCAGAUGUUACUGAGGCAUUUGCAGAUGAUGGAAUGGAUAUGACAACUAGUCACACCGCAAAAAUGUCUUUUCCUUUUGCCAGUGUUGGAAAUCAAAGUCUAAACUUCAAAAAGGAUUUCCCAUCCAUAGAGACAGAUAAUUAUUCUGUAGUAAAGAGAGCAUCUGAUCAGCAAUUAAUUGUAAAGCAGGACCCUCAACUUUGUACAAACAAAAAAACAGUAAAUGUUGAAGACACUGUAGAUACUACAGUGCUGCAAACUUUUAAGCAAGAGACCAGAACUUUGUCUGCUAUCCUGGGAUCUGUUUCUUCUGAGACUGUCUUCCGAGGUGAUAAAACUGAUCUUUCUAAAUGUGAUGACAUGGAAAUUACUGGAAAUUACACAGAUGUAAUCUAUAAUGAAAGUACCAAAGGAAUGAGCAGUUCAUGUCAUAGAACUUUUGAGAAAACUGUUAAUACAAUUUCUUUGCCAAUAGAAAGCAGACAUCCAGCACUUGAUGACGUUACAGAAAGUCUAACAUCUUUAGAUAAUCGAGCUUCUGCGUCACAUAAAACUAAUGCACUUAAACAAUUUUCAGGCUCAGAUGAGAGAACUGAAAGAGUGACCCAAGAUCAUGAGACUGCUUCAGUGGAUGUAGUUUUUGAUUCAUGUAGAAAUUCAGUGUCCACUGGUACCUCUAAGGGUAGACUUCAGCACAGACUAUCAAGUUCUCUACUUGUUUCACUGCCAGGUGAGAAAACUGCAACAUUUUCAGGAAAAGAUAUGGCCUUGACUAAAACUUGUAUUGACAAGGCUGAUGGAAGGAAUGUUGAAAAUGAAUUUCCUCCUGGAGUGUCCAGGGUGGAAAUUUCUUUGGCAAGUUCUUUGGGCAGGGACAAGGAAAAUAUUGAGGCAGUUGGCUUUGAUGUGAAUAUGAAAAGAAGCCAGACUAGAGAAAUGAAUACUGAAGAUGUUGAGGUGAUAAUAGUCAAUAAGAAGCUUGGAAAAACAAACUUUCAGGCAAGUGAUCUGAUUUCCUGUGCGAAGAGCGUGUGUUCAUUACAAGAGCAAAAGAGAGAAAUCGCAGAAAAUACUGCCAACAACAACAGUGCAUUCCUGUCUUUGCAAAGUCAAGAAAUCGAUACAACUCAGCCUUUGAAAAAAACCAUUCAAAAUGCUUCAGCUUCCUGCACAAAUGACAAAACAGACAUGUUUUCAGAUGAUCAAAACAUGGAUGUAACCAAAACUCAUUCUGUUGUCUUUGAAGUUGCUCCUACUAAUACAGUACAAGAAUAUGAGAAUACUCAUAAUCAAAAUAAUGUGAUAUCCAAGCAGCUGCAAAAACAGAUCUCCCGAUUUUCCAAUAAUUCUGGUGUAGAUACCACUGCAAGUCAGACUGCAGCAAUAGAAUAUAGGGAUUUCCAGAGGAGCUCAGAUAAACAAACUGUUACUCGUUUAUCUGCAAAUGGUAGGUUCAUUUCUAGUAAUGAACCCACUCCCUCCAGAAAUACAAGAAAUGUACAACCUGCAAAAAUACUGGGUAUAAAUGCAGAUUUCCAGAACUCUGACAAGCAAGUGAAAACCCAUACUAUGAAGGUAGUAGACAAUGCAUUGCCAACUCGAGAAGAAUCUCAGAGAGAUUUCCUGAUCAGCAAAACAGUUUCUUCAGAAGAGGAUUUUAAAAAUCUUCAGUCAGUUGAUGGCCUGCACUUGGGUAUUGAAGAGACAUUACUAACUAAUACAUCUGAACAACAGAAGAGAAGUUCCCAGUUGCCUUUCUUUUCAGAAAAGUCUGUUUUAUUUCCCUCUGGUGAAAACAUGGACUUGACUGAAAACUGUGCAGCAAUGGCUCCUGAUCAAAACAUCCGUACGAUUUUACCAGGAAGAAAAGCAGCACCAGUACCUAUUGUUGAAGAUGAAAAUAAAACAUUAUCUUUAAAAAGAGAGGUCAUGAUGACAAUAAACAAUCAGGAGCAACCUGGGUGUGAUAUGUACUCCUUGGUAUCUGGUAAGAAAAUGUUAACUGUGACUGGUUUAAAGCAUUUGCAUUUCGUAGAUGAGAAAACCACCAUAUUUUCAGAAGAUGCUGAUAUGGACAUCACAAGAAGUCACACGGUUUCAGGAGAAAACAAAAUAAUUUUGCCGCCUAAAAGUUCAAGCAAUGACAUAUCCUUUGUUUCUGGGGAUAAAACUUGUGUUUUUACACACAAUAAUGACAUGGAAAUAAGUAGAUUUGAUACUGUUGCAAUUGAUAAAUUUGUGGAAAAGGCUGAACCUGGAGGGAUGCUUAGCAGAGCUAAUAGGACUGAAAGGAAAAGCUCCAAGGAAACAACAGGGGAAAAGACUGUUUUAUUUUCACUGAGUAAUGAGAAUAAUGACAUGGAGAUCACAGAGAGCCAUACGGCUGCAAUAGGCCAUGAAAUUGUCUCCCAAAAAGAGGUCAGGCUUCAUUCUCUGUCUUCAGCUCAGCCUAUUAAAGCUGUUAAGUCCACAAGUAACCAGAGUGACGUGGCCAUUGCUGUGUCUUGCCCUGCUGAUAAAAUUACAGUAGAACUUCUACGUGAUGAUAACUUGAACUUGAAUAAAGAGGUUGGAUGGGAAGCUCCUUCAAACACUGAAGCUACUGUGCUUGCUAUGGAUGAUAUGGAAAUCACUAAAACCCAUAACGGAGCUUUGGAAGAAAAUUCUCUGCAGGGUAGGCAACCCAAUCAGUUUGUUCCUCUGUGUUCCACAAUUAUUUUUACAAAUGACAAGGCUGAUAUGGAAAUGACCAAGUAUCUCCCUGACGAUGAAAGUACUGAAAGAAUCCCGUGUGAGGACAGAGUAAACUCUCCUAAGCAGGUUGGACAGGAGGCUGUUUCAGGUAGCAAAACAGUCAUUUUUACUUUGGCUGAGGAUAUGGAAAUCACUAAAACUCAUACAGCUGUGUUAAGUGGUGAAGUGUGGGACAGAGGGUUUGUUCCAGCUGUUUCUGCAGUUCCUGCUGACCAGACCAUUGUGUUUCCACACAAACAAGAUGAUAUGGAAAUAACCGUAUCUCAUACUGUUGCUGUUAAUAACAAUAUGGAAGGAUUUGAGAACCAGCAAGCGUCACAUAAAAGCACUCGACAACCAGGCUUGCAUACUGCAUCAUUGUCUGCUUGCAGAGACGAAGUAGAUUCUCUGCAUGUAAAAGACCUGAAUGGUGAGUAUCUUAAAAAAUCUAACAAUAAGCCCGCCAUUCCUUCUGCUUCAUCAGCCUCAGCAUUUCCUACUGAGAAAGGAGCUGCCAAAGUUCACAGUGGUGCGAUACCAGAUUCUGUUUAUCCUGUCUCACUUCCAGAAGACACUCUGGAUGUCCGGGCACCACAGGAUCUUGACCUUGCCACGGAUAAUUCAGUUCCUGUAAACAGUCAGCAGGAUCUUGUACAUCCAGGAAAACUGAAAUCAAAGAGAGUGUCUUUCAAACUUCCAGGUAAUGCUCCCUUGGAAUGCAGUGAAGAAACUGGAGUUGUGGUAUCCCAUGUUUCUCCUCCUAUUCAGCAAUUGGAUUCUUUGAAGAGUCCUCCAGAUGGACUUAGUACUCAGACAAACCAAGUAUUGAAAGAUAAUUCAUCUAGGCAUGAAGAUCUAGAUACAGCUCUAGCCAAGGAUGGAGCGGUUCCAGUUUCUGACAGCGAAUCAAAGGAAAACAAGAGGCUGUCAGCUGAAGGGGAAGUACUUCCAACAGACUUCCAAAUAAAAUCUGAACAAACUAAUAAACUUUUGGUCAGUGACAGUCCAAGAGAUCCAGUGGAUCCUACUCUUGCACCUAAAUUAUCAGGUAUUUUAAAUGUUUGUUCAAAAUUGGAAAAUAUUAGAAGGAAAUCUGGAGUUGUCUCUGUUCCUGAAACUGCUGUUUCUGAGCAGCUGCAUAAGGUACCAUCUCAAUCAGAGGAUACAUUGAGGUUAGGAAAAAAUACCAUAAAUGAACAAGAUAAUUUAUUUUAUCCCAAAGAGCAGGAGAAUGCAUGUCUUGAAUCUGGAGCAGCUCCUAUAGGUACGAAUUUAGGUAUGGCACUUAAGGACAAAUACCAAGGAAUAAGUGUCCCUCUAGGUAUCUUCCAGCCUAAACUACCAAGCAGAAGAAAUCCUUCUGUUUCUAAUGUGCAAGACAUAAAUGCAAAAUCUUCAGACGAAGUAGAAGCACUGGUUUCAGAAGCAAACCUAAACACCGGUGCAGCACCAGAUUAUACCAAAUCUAGUAGGCAGAACUUCAGCCCUUCUCAGUUUAUAGCAGAAGAAUUUCUUCCUAUAUGCCAAGAAGCAAUGGAUUCGAAUGAUUCUGUAAGCUUUGGAUCUGUAGAAGAUGGUUGCAAUGACAUAAACAAAAGAGACGUCUCCCACAAUGAAAAGACUAAAUGUGAAGAGACAAAAACUUGCAACAGCACAAAAAGAGCUUUGGAACAAGAUGAGGAUCUGCAAAGUCUAAAGAAGCUCAAGGCAGAUGAAAGCUUGGUUGGUGGGACCUCCCUUGACUUGCAGGUUACUUCUGGCGCUCUAUCUCAAAGCCAAGUAGCUGUUCGUGAAGGUGAAGAUCCUCCAAAUCUAUCAGCUAAAAACCUGGACUGUACUCAUGCCAACAGCAGCAGCUCUCUAGAUUCUGUUAAGGCUGACACAGAAUCAACAAUUCAGCGAUGCAGUCAGAUGGAGUCUCAGCUUCUCACAGACAGUAUUUGUGAAGAUAAUUUAUGGGAGAAAUUUCAGAGUGGUGUUAUCACAGUUGGAGAGUUUUUUAUGCUUCUUCAAGUCCAUAUUCCAAUUCAGAAGCCCCGACAGAGCCAUCUUCCAGCCAGUUGUGCUGUCAGUGCACCACCAACUCCAGAAGAUCUGAUUCUCAGCCAAUAUGUUUAUCGCCCCAAGCUGCGUAUUUAUGAAGAAGAUUGCCAGGUCCUUUCUCAGAUGAUAGAUGAAUUAAAGCAGUAUGUAAGCGUCCAGGAUCAACCACUGGUGAAUGUGAAUAAGAGUUUGUGGGAAGUAAUGAGAACCUGCUCGGAUGAAGAGCUGAAGAGCUUUGGAGCAGAACUGAACAAAAUGAAAUCCUAUUUCAUCAAAGAAAGUAAAAUCUUGGCUCACAAUGAGAAAGAGGCAUUAUACAGCAAAUUACUGCAGAGUGCGCAGGAACAAUAUGAAAAGCUACAGUCAAGAAUAGCAAAUGUGGAUGAAUUGCUCAAGGAGGCAGAAAGCUGUCUUGCUGAUCUGGAAGCAGAUUCUGAAUGGGAAGAAUGCGAGACAGACUGCAGUGAGGAAAUGGCAGAAGAGGACUCUGAAUCAAAAAAACUAGAGGAAGAAUUGGAAAGCCUCAAAGCUCAAGAAGAGGAACUUCAAAGAGAACUGUCAGAUCUGGAGACUGAGAAUGAGCAAAUGUUUGUUCAGUUGAAACAUCUACAGGAAAAAGAAAAAAGCUGCGAGGAACUCCUGGAGAGAUACAACUUCCCUGAGUGGGAGAUUAGUGAAUGGAGUGAACAACAGGCAGUCUUUAAUUUUCUUUAUGAUUCGAUUGAACUUACAGUCGUAUUUGGACCCCCAGUAGAUGGUGAUGUUUUUGGUGAAAAUCCUUCCAGAAAGAUAGUUAGCCUGAGCUUUGAAUCUCUCUUGGAUGAGGAAAAAGCUCCGCUCUUCUCAUGUUUAGUCCAUAGACUCAUCUUCCAGUUUAUUGAAAGCCAGGGCUGCUGGCAAGAAAAGUGUCCCAUACUGCAAUAUUUACCUCAGGUGCUUCACGAUGUCUCUUUGGUGGUGAGUCGCUGCAGGAUCUUAGGAGAGGAGAUUGAAUUUCUGGAGAGAUGGGGUGGAAAAUUUAAUCUUCUGAAGACAGAUAUCAAUGACACAAAUGUGAAGCUUUUGUUCUCCAGUUCCACAGCUUUUGCAAAGUUUGAGGUGACUCUGUCUUUAUCUUCCAACUACCCAGCUACUUCACUGCCUUUUACUGUCCAAAAACAAAUAGGAAAUAUCGGACACGAGGAAAUUUCUGCUGUUCUGUCCAACGUACCAGUUGGCUACCACUAUCUGCGAAGAAUGGUGAGCUCGAUCCAUCAAAAUCUGCUCCAGGAUCCCAGAUGAUUCACUAGAUCCAAAUGCAGGACUGAAGAAGUCAAAGUGGAUAUCCUUUGACUUUAGCCUCACAGGAAUUCAAGGUCUCUCUCACCAGAAUGGGAAUGCUGUUGGCUUCUCAGCUCUCUAGGAAUCUUGUUUAGUAACUGGUUGAUAUCGAGGAUCCUCAGUGCAGAGCACAAGCUUUUCUUUUGUACCAAACUAUAAUUGGAGAAGUCUCUGAAGAGGAUGAGGAAAAGUUUCUUAACUCUUCUAUUAAUCCAGCCUGCCUUUUCUUCUAAUCACCAGCGGUGACUGGCCUCCUUUUAUAGUCUUUCAUAGUGUGAGUAUUUUUCUGACAUAGCUUCUUAAUUUUAUUCUGGAUUGAUUUACAGAGCUCUUGUGUAAAACGAUUAUUAUUUUCUAAAUUAGCAUGACUGGAAUUUCCUUUCAUUAGCAUUACUUCUCUACUGCAUAACACUCUAACAUAUCACAUCAAUUUUGAUCUUUAUCAGUUUCCUGGAACCCUUCCCUAAACACGGAAUUAUAGUCUUGCUUCCGAUUAACCAAAUAACCUGUAAUAAUUAGACAGUUGGCCAAAGCUAGAAAGACUUCUGUCACGAAGACUACAGAUCUCUGGGCUUGACUGUGGACUUCAGGAUGCAACAGACUCGGAGCCACCAUGUUCAAUCUGUGUAAGCCCUUACAACACGAAGUCUGUUCUGAUGUUCUGUGUGCAGGUCUUCAUCCAGUACAGUCUCUCACUUCAUUUUGGUACGUUGUCUGAGGUUGUGGUGAGUUAGAAUUUUAGUGAGGAGACCGAGCUAUUUAAAUUUAGGAGGUGUCUGUAAUAUCAUUGGUGCAGUCCAAAUUGAUUUUGUAUAUAGUUUAUAUAUUAUGUAGGUUGAGCUGUUGGAACUGAUAUAACCCUGCUUGAAUUUAUGGUGUUGAAGUGCCUACCAUUUCUAACUC